AUGGCAAAUGUCCAUUACACCGAGAAUCUGACUGAGGAUCAGCUGGAUGCCAUGGCAGGCAGCGAGACUCUUCGUUAUCAGGCAACUUCUUUUGGUGUUACUCGCAAUAACAAGGCAUUAAUCAAGUCCACUAACAGGCUAAGGGAUUCGCUGCUCCCCAAGGAUGAAUCGAAGCUGGCAAUACCCCUUUUGUUACUUCUUGCUCAGCAUCGUUCUGUAUGUCAUGGAACUCUCCUUCAAUACGUGGAAUUUCUUUGCAGUGCUGUGACACCGACAUCAGCAUAUGCUCAGCUAAUUCCUUCGCUUGAUGAUCUUGUCCAUCAAUACCACCUUGAUCCUGAGGUUGCUUUCUUAAUUUAUCGCCCUGUAAUGAGGCUCUUCAAGUGCCGUGGGAGUUCCGAUGUCUUCUGGCCUCUAGACAAUAAUGACACUCAGGGUAUCACCUCUGCAAAUUCAGAGUCUGAAGCUGCAGAGCAUUCUGGAAAUUUGGUUCUGGAUGUUGGCUCUCCAUCAAAGCCCGUAACGUGGUUGGAUCUUCUUAAUACUGUUAAAACGAUGUUGCCUCCAAAAGCCUGGAAUAGCCUCUCCCCUGAUCUCUAUGCGACAUUUUGGGGUCUCACGCUCUAUGAUCUUUAUGUCCCUAGAAAUUGUUAUGAGUCUGAAAUUGCGAAACAGCAUGCUGCUCUUAAGGCUCUGGAAGAGCUUUCUGAUAAUUCACACGAGGAAAAUGUCGCAUCUGUUCGUAAACGUUUAUCUCGGGAGAAGGACAAAUGGUUGAGUUCUUGCCCUGAUACUUUGAAGAUCAACGUGGAAUUCCUUCAGCGUUGUAUAUUUCCACGCUGUACUUUCAGUAUGCCAGAUGCUGUCUAUUGUGCCAUGUUUGUGCACACUCUUCAUUCCCUGGGGACACCAUUUUUUAACACAGUCAACCACAUUGAUAUUCUCAUUUGUAGAACCUUACAGCCUAUGAUAUGCUGCUGUACUGAAUAUGAAGUAGGUAGAUUUGGGAAGUUUCUGCAGGAGACGUUGAAGAUCGCAUACUAUUGGAAGGUUCACUGGAAGUGGAGUCAAAGGAUUACAAAGUUAUUGAUUCAGUGUCUGGAAUCAACUGAGUACAUGGAAAUUCGUAACGCACUCAUACUGUUGUCAAAAAUUUCUAGUGUUUUUCCAGUUACUCGAAAGACGGGUGUAAAUCUUGAAAAACGGGUUUCCAAGAUAAAGGCUGAUGAGAGAGAGGAUCUUAAGGUGUUGGCAACUGGUGUUGCUGCUGCUUUGGCUGCUAGAAAGGUUUGUCUUAAAUUUUGGAACUUGCUUUUCAGCUCAGAUAUGAAGGUAUUUAAUUUUUUUUAUCUUUCCCAUUUGCAGUCUUCAUGGAUUACAGAUGAAGAAUUUGGUAAUGGAUAUCUUGAAUUAAAGUCUGCACCACUUGCUUCAAAGUCUUCGGCUGGUAAUUCAGCAGCCACACACAGUGGUUCUACCAUUAAUAUUUCUCAAUCUGAACCUAUAGGAGGGAAAGUGGGAGCCCUUCCCUCCCAACACCCAGAAUCAUCAAACUCAGUCAAAGACCAGAUUCUGAAAACCAAAACCUCAGAUGGGAGGUGGCUCAUUGGUGAGUGGCUCCGAUGCUCAGUCACCGAUGCCCUCAGCUGCUUUACAAUCUGGAACAUCAAGAUCUAUGGAAAAUAA